UCUUGUCAUGUGACUGGUUAAAGCGACCUGACACUUCACUUAAUUUAACAAUUAACAAUGGCGACAGUGCUGGGUAAAAGACCUAUGGACAACCUAAAUGGCCCUGAUGCUGCGGCUAGACAACAUGCCCAGGCAGUCAGCAGGAACUAUAUUUCGCAGCCAAGACUGACCUACUCUACAGUGUCUGGUGUAAAUGGACCCCUUGUUAUUUUGGACCACGUGAAGUUCCCCAAGUAUGCAGAGAUUGUUCACUUGACCCUGCCUGAUGGCACCAAGAGGAGCGGACAAGUGCUUGAAGUCAGUGGCUCCAAAGCCGUAGUCCAGGUGUUUGAGGGGACUUCAGGUAUCGAUGCUAAGAAAACAGCCUGUGAGUUUACAGGUGACAUCCUUCGCUCACCUGUGUCAGAGGACAUGCUUGGUCGAGUAUUCAACGGCUCUGGUAAACCUAUUGACAGAGGACCCACUGUGUUGGCUGAAGACUUUCUGGAUAUCAUGGGUCAGCCUAUCAACCCUCAAUGCCGUAUCUACCCAGAGGAGAUGAUUCAGACUGGUAUCUCUGCUAUCGACGGCAUGAACAGUAUUGCCAGAGGCCAGAAGAUACCCAUCUUCUCCGCUGCAGGUCUCCCACACAACGAGAUUGCUGCCCAGAUUUGCCGUCAAGCAGGCCUGGUUAAGAAGUCAAAAGAUGUCAUGGACUACAGUGCUGAUAACUUUGCCAUUGUGUUCGCUGCUAUGGGUGUUAAUAUGGAAACCGCUCGCUUCUUUAAAUCCGAUUUUGAGGAAAAUGGCUCAAUGGACAAUGUGUGCUUGUUCUUAAAUCUUGCAAAUGACCCCACCAUUGAGCGUAUUAUUACCCCUCGCCUUGCGCUGACUACAGCGGAGUACCUGGCUUACCAAUGCGAGAAACACGUCCUGGUUAUUCUCACAGACAUGAGCUCCUAUGCUGAGGCUUUAAGAGAGGUUUCGGCAGCUCGUGAGGAGGUGCCUGGUCGCAGAGGGUUCCCUGGGUACAUGUACACUGACUUGGCCACGAUCUACGAAAGAGCCGGGAGAGUAGAGGGCAGAAAUGGUUCAAUUACACAGAUCCCCAUCCUUACCAUGCCUAAUGAUGAUAUUACCCAUCCUAUCCCUGACUUGACUGGCUAUAUCACCGAAGGACAAGUUUAUGUUGACCGACAACUUCACAACAGACAGAUUUAUCCUCCCAUUAACGUUCUGCCCUCGCUGUCUCGGUUGAUGAAAUCCGCUAUUGGAGAGGGGAUGACUCGUAAAGAUCAUGCUGAUGUGUCCAACCAGCUGUAUGCCUGCUAUGCUAUUGGCAAAGACGUCCAAUCAAUGAAGGCAGUGGUGGGUGAGGAGGCUCUCACUUCAGAGGAUCUUUUGUACCUGGAAUUUCUACAGAAGUUCGAAAAGAAUUUCAUCGCUCAGGGUCCAUAUGACAACAGAACUGUAUACGAAACCUUGGAUAUUGGGUGGCAGCUGCUUCGAAUUUUCCCCAAAGAGAUGCUGAAGAGAAUCCCACAAAGCACUGUGGCUGAGUUUUACCCAAGGGAAUCGUCUGCUCGCCAUUAAAACAAAACGGAAAGAUGUUGAUAGAGAACUUCCCAUUUAUGUCAUUGUAAUUUUAGGUGAUAGACCUUUGCGUUUUCAAUGGUAUACUUCCAUAUGACCUCUCUCCGAUAACUUUACUGUUUUGAAGUGUAGUGGUACUAAGUUUGAAAUAGUAUUGUAUCUGUUUUUUUAAGUGUAUCUUUUACCUUUUGAAUAGCAUUGAAAUUAGCAGACAAUGGGGAAUAGUGCACACUAGGAAUUGAAUAAGGUUUAAUAAUAAUGCCAACAUGCAAUUCACCACAUAAACAAUGUGUAGAAAUUAUCAUUUGUUAAACAAGAUCAAAGUAAUAGAGAAUAAUGGCUUCUUUUUUUAUAUAAUAAACUACAUUUAGCAUACUGGGGAUUUUCUUGCACCCGGUCAACUGUACGUAUUAACACAUUAUAAAUUAUAUUGUAUUAAAAGAACGCAAUAAUUUAGUCUCAAAUUUAGUGUUAUUUAAUUAUUUCAACACAGCAGAUCAUGGAAAGAUUCCAAACAGACCAGCAGUUCUACUAUACUUAUACUUAAGAAUAAAUAAAAAUGGACCAAGAUAAUACCUAUAAGACAUGCACACUAUUAAAUUGGUCUUUCUGUAAAGUCGAUUAGUGCUGAAAUGUACUUUUAUCCACUGAAUGGCUUUUUAUUUAUGAACAAAAGUACAGCAGUAAAACACCCUUUUAUUAUAACUAAAGCCCCAUGUUCUACAGUGCCGAAAUUGAUUAAAAAAGCAAAAAAAAAAAAAAAAAAAAACACUUAUGGGAGGCGCAAUAAACAUAAAUAAUCAGCAUGUGCUAUGGCCGAUAGUAAUUCUGUUGACCUUGUUUAACGCAUUGAAUGAAUACCUGCAGAUCUCAUUGAUAACUGACUUAAAGAGCAUUAAAAAAGGUAUCUCUUAUUUGAGAAUUGUUGUCUGUUCAUAGUGGUGAUAUGUUUGCUGCAUUGCUAUUAACCCUUAUUCAUAUCCAUACUUAAUCUUUGGAUGUCAGAUGCUACUGAAAGAUAACAACUGUAUGUAUACAAUGUUUACAAUCUCUGUGUUGUGCAAAAGUUCAAAUAGAAAGCUCUUAAAGUCA